GUGACCUGCCGUUAAUCCGUGAGGGAUCGAAGUCAGUGGAGAAAGAGCAACGGAGAGGAAUGAAACAAAUCACCGAUUUAACUCUAAAAAACACGGAUUUUAAGACGUUGUUGAUUCACAGACAGGAUUAUUCAAACGAAAACACAAAAGUGGUGUAACACGGGAGAGUUUAGUCAACUUUUUGGGGGGGGUUUUAUGGUUGUCGGGGCUCAACAUGGAUGUCCGGGGAGCAACGGUGGAUUUCUGAGGAGGAAUUAAGGCCGUUAUUUCGGGUCGUAAAUUGGAGCUGAGGAGGAUUUUAAAGCGGCUUCCUUUCUACCAGAUCCAGGUUAAAAACUCCAGUUGGUGAAGUUGUUGCGGCUGCAAGCUAAAAGUGGAAUCCAGCUCACACUCUCCGCCCUGAAACCAUGACUCCACAGCGGAGAGUCGAUGUUUGGGCACGUUAUCUGGCAGCGCUCUGGAUAUGUUGAACCUGUGGAGGCGGGACGUCCCCCUCUCAGAGCGUUUGGGGGAGGACUCUCCUCUGGCCGCCGCCGCCCCCCUCCUCCCCCCAACAGCAGCCCCCACGGGCCCCAACAUCUCAUGGCUGCCCGAGGCCCCGCUGCUGACCCUGGAUCAGCCCACCUUCCUCAUGACGCCCGCUGCUCAGGCGGUGUCCGGCUUCUUCGUCUGGACCGCGCUCAUCCUCACCUGUCACCAGAUCUACAUGCAUCUACGUUUCUACAGCUCUCCGAGGGAGCAGCGCCACAUCGUGCGGAUCCUCUUCAUCGUUCCUAUCUACGCCUUCGACUCUUGGCUCAGCCUCCUCUUCUUCACCAACGAUCAGUACUACGUGUACUUCGACACCGUCAGGGACUGCUAUGAAGCGUUUGUGAUUUAUAACUUCCUGAGUCUGUGCUACGAGUACCUGGGAGGAGAGAGCGCCAUCAUGGCCGAGAUCAGAGGGAAACCCAUCGAGUCCAGCUGUGUGUACGGGACCUGCUGUCUGCGGGGGAAGGCGUACUCCAUCGGCUUCCUGCGGUUCUGUAAGCAGGCCACGCUGCAGUUCUGCGUGGUCAAACCCAUCAUGGCCGCCGUCACCGUGGUGCUGCAGGCCUACGGGAAGUACAAGGACGGGGACUUCAAUGUCUCCGGGGGUUACCUGUACGUCACCAUCGUGUACAACAUCUCCGUCAGCCUGUCUCUGUACGCCCUCUUCCUCUUCUACUUCUCCACCCGCCAGCUGCUCAGCCCCUUCAGCCCCAUGCUCAAGUUCCUCAUGGUGAAGUCCGUCAUCUUCCUCUCCUUCUGGCAGGGCAUGCUGCUGGCCAUCCUGGAGAAGUGCGGCGCCAUCCCUCAGAUAAACUCUGAGGAGGUUUCUGUCGGCGAGGGCACGGUCGCCGCCGGAUACCAGAACUUUAUCAUUUGCGUGGAGAUGUUUUUCGCCUCUCUGGCUCUGCGCCACGCUUUCACUUACAAGGUCUACAUGGAGAAGAGCCUGGAUUCACAAGGCCGCCGCGCCCCCAUGAAGAGCAUCUCCAGCAGCCUGAAGGAGACCAUGAGCCCCGGGGACAUGGUCCAGGACGCCAUCCACAACUUCUCCCCCGCCUACCAGCAGUACACCCAGCAGGCCACGCUGGAGCAGGGCGUCCCCCCUCCCCUCCCCCGAAACAUCAGCUCCAUUAGUGGGCAAGGGGGAGACACGGAGAAGACCCUGCUGCUCAGCUCCGACGAUGAGUUUUAGAGCAGGGAAACCCCCUCGGACUGUUUUAACAGCGGGUCAUCCUCCUGUGUGAAUGGUUAGAGAGGUGCGUUUGAUUUCCUCACCAUGGAUGUGACGCCUGCACACACAUCUCCCCAGCCAGUCUUAGUUAGUGGGAAGCUGAUUUGGCAAUAAAAAAGUUCCAGACAAACUGAAAAAGUGUUGUGUUUGGUUGUGAGUCCAAACUCGUACAAACGUGACUUUUUAAACGCACGUUCUCUGGCUCCGAUAGAAGCUUAAUUUCACAUUUCAGCGCGGCCAUGUGGCAUUUCAAUCGUCCUAAUGGAUGUUUUCCUUUGUAAACUUUGCUUUGAGAUCGUCAUGGGCUGUUGUUAUCAAGCUCCUUUGGCUGGAAAUAGAGAAUAUAUUAAAGUUUUUAUAAGAGUUUUGAGCUUUUAAUUGUGUAAAACUAAUAUUUAGGCACUCAUUUGCAAAAUGUUGGUGAAACAGAAGCUAGCAGUCUUGUGGUACACUCAUAAUAAAGCGGUACACAGUCAUGAAGAACAUGUGUAGAUAGAUCAUAGACUGUAUAUGAGAUGGAUACAUUAUAAUCUAACUGAGGAGACCCUGGUGCAUUGUGGGAUUUAAAGGGCUGUAUGUGUGAGUGGAUUUAAAGGGAAACCAAUUUGAGUCAUGAGUCACUGUCAGCUGUAUGAAACGUUGUUGUUUUUGUUAUAAAUGGAGCAGAUCAGGAUUACACUGUUGAUGUUUUUCAGGCGUGUUUGAAAUUGAGGAUUAAAAGCCUCUGCAGGACACAAUGUAGGUUAACAGGAAUGUAGGUUACAGCUCUAACAUAGAAACUAUAAAAAAAAUCAAAUGUUUAAGGCAGACGUAUGAAGUCAAACUGGAAUUUUAGCAUUCCCCAUUUUAAGUUAAUUAAAAGAAACAUAUUUAUCACAAACAUACCUACUGUAGUCACUUAUUUUUCAGCUUGUCAGGUUUGAGUUUUAAAGUUGCUUUUAAUGACCUAAAGUCUUUUGCCUAACUACUUUUUACUGUUUAAUCCUGAGCUGUGGUACAUUUUAACGCUAACACCCCCCUGUAUAUUAGCUCAGUAACAAGGGAACAUAUAUUAUAAACGCAUUAUCAAUAUGUUCAGUCAAUCGUCUCACAGUUAAAAAUAACUUGAAUUACUCUUGGAAGCUGUUCAUUCCGUCCAGGCACGUGUUUUGUUUGAUUCAACCGCCGCCGAUUGAACAUAAUUGAAGUUCUUGAGUCCUCUGAAUGAGUCACAUCGAAUUCUGCAGACGUGUUUACUGUAACUGCUGCUGUAGCACUGUGUGAACACCAGGGGGCCGUGUAGACAACACACACACACACACACACACACACACUGUUAUCUAGCAGCAGACAGGCAGUUAUCACACACUUUAAGCUGGUACACAUGUAACUGCUUUGUCUGCCACUUUUUUUUAAUCUUUAUCAACAAAGCACCCUCACACACAUCGCUGUUUUAAAAAAAAAAUGUAUGCUCCUGUCUGACCUGAUAAUAUGCUUUUAAACGGCACCUCAGCUGUGUGUUAUUUUUAGACAUUGCUGAGUGUUGUCUGGUUAAUUGGGCCGCUGCGUUUUGACGUGAAUACAAAGUGGAUUAUUAUGUUUGCCUGCAGACACACGUGACCUCGUGUUCAUCUCUAACAGCACGGGUCACUUCAUGUGUUUCAUUACAAUACGCUGUCCUUUUUUGGUCCCUAUAAAUGCAUUUCAAUUCUGAACCACUGAAUGUUUUUCGUGCAUCGAUUGGUUAUAUUUGGACAUUUUGACCCUACAAUAGGCUUGUCACAAUUUUAACUACACGAUUAUUACAGCUGACAGAAUUCACAGUAAUAGAGCGAAGUAAAAAUAAUGCUAUCGGUCAAAGUCCUCUUACAUUUUUACUUUUAAUUGUGUGUUUUUUGUCUUUUGAUGUGUUAAGUGAGAACAAAGCAAAUUAUUGAAGAAACUGAAAUUAUUAGGAGUUAUAUUAUUUUAUUGUGCAUUAUUGUAGGUAUAAUGUACGGCAAGCCGGUCUUAAAUCACACUAAAGGGGUUUAUUUUGCAAUAACGACCCACUUGCUGUACUUAACUACGCUAAUUACACGCCUACUGACUAAAGAGAUUACUUUUAUUGAUUUAAAAUUGAUUUAUUUGUUUUUGUUUCAACUAAAACUCACUGAUUGUUUUCCCAGAUCGAUCUGCGUCCAUAGCAACAGUAGAAUGCCGUUAUCGACCAAUCAGAAUCAAGUAUUCAACAAAGCGACAUAAUAUCUAGAUUUCAUUUUUUGAACGUUACGUUAUUAUUAAUACUGGUUUAUCGCAUUAAACCUAUUCAAACUGAGUAAGAUAUCGUAUCCGGGAGGAACUAAAGCUACUAAAGACGGGUUUUCUUGCCGAAUAUAAGAGACUUUUACAAUUUAAAAUCGACGUAUGUUAGUCGUACCACACUUUUAAAUGCCAUGUUGGUCUACAGGAGGAGGGAUGUGUGUUCAGUCAUAUAUGCUGUUUAGGUUAUGCACAGGAGAAAAAAAAGACUUAGUUUUGUAUUUACUUCAUAAUUGUCUUUCUUUUUAUUAUUUCAACGACUGUUUUUGGUUUCUAGUUCUUUGUAUAUGAUAAAGCAGCUCAUGAUGCUAUUAUGUCCUUCAAAUGGAGAAAUAUCUGAAGUUAUAAUAAAGAAUAUUUAGUCUAUGUUUA